AUGUCGCAUUCCGUACAUGGCAGGGCGAGAGCUUCGACGCUAAAGGUCGCUUCACAUGGCUCAAAAUUGAAGAACUUCCCAAAGGGGGAGAUGCCUGAGCAGGUCAUACGUAUUAUUACUCAUUUUAGCCUGCUGGAGUUCGCCGAGUGCCCACUUACCAUGCUCGACACCUUCCUUCUGUCACCUUUUGUUGAGUGGUGGCACCCUGAGAGAUCAUCAUUUCAUCUUCCAUUUGGGGAGAUGACUAUCACAUUGGAUGAUGUCUCAUCGUUGUUUCAUAUUCCCAUCGUUGGUAUAUUCUUCACUAGUCUUCACAUUAAUCAGGGGACGCCGCUGGCACAGGUUGUAGAGGAUCUAGAGGUUGAUGAGGAUGAGGUGCUUGAGGAGUUUUCUUGUAACAGAGGUUUGCACCUUUGGAUGUAUUGGCUGAGGGAGAGGUACGAUGAACUUGUGGCGGCAGAAAGGUAUGAGGUUGCCGCUAGGGCGUACAUGCUACAUCUAAUGGUAUGUAUUCUCUCUGCAGACAAGUCUGGUGUUUAUAUAGAUGAUUGCUACCUUUGGAUGUUCAGUAGCCUAGACACUCCAAACUAG